AUGCUGUACGGUGGAUCGCAGGCUGGUCGAAUCUUCUUGAAGCGACAGCCCUUCAGCAUACAGCUGUAUGAAGGCGCGAAUGUGUUGCAUCACUGCAACAAGGUCCUCAACAUCAGCCCCAAGCGCAGCAGCAUCGACGCCAAGAUGGAGGAUGAAGACUUGGCGAUCUGUUUGUUGCGUGGUCUCCCCAAUGAUUACGAUAACGUCAUGCUAAUUUUGAAGAUGAGCAACGCAGAGCUGAAGAUGCAAGACGCUGCGAAGGUAUUCACGAACGAGAAUAUCAAGCAGGAAGGCGAGAAGACUCCGGCGAGAAAACUGAAGACACGUGCUGAAUCAAGCAGAAGGAUGAGAAUCGGGGAGGCCGACGCGGCGGCAAUGGUCGUGGACGCGAGGCCAACAAUGUCCAAUGGCGAAACGACGACUACGACUACAGCUCCGAUCACGUGGCGUUUGCGGUUUCGCUGGAAAGCCGGAUUUCGACGGGCAAAGAUGUGUCUCGGGUAUGUGGGCAGUCGACCUCGGUGUGACGACCCACAUCUGCGACAACAAGGCCAAGUUCGACACACUGAACGAACGAGAUGA